AUGGCCAAUCCCAGCAUCUUCACUCGACUACCCACUGAAAUCGUUGUGCAAAUCGUGGCGGACCUAGUUAACGACCCAUAUUUGCAACUUGAGAGGUUUGAGUCCAGACCACUUUACUCCACGAAUUCAGUUAAGCUAACACUACUCGUAAGAGGCGUGCGGCGCCAGCUCAAGGACUUAAGACUGACACAACGGCGAUUUGCUACUUUGGACUGCAUUAAUGCUUUACUGUUUGAUGCUAUCCAGCUAGAGGCAUCACGUGCAGGCCUGCUCAACCUUCAAAAAUGCGACAUUUCACGUAUUGCAAGCUUCGUAUCCGUUGUUGCUUUCAUGAAUCCUCCAAGUUGGAAACUUCCUCUUGAAACUUUUGAGCAGAUCUUGAUGGAGACCGUGCCCAAAGGCGAAGCUCGGGUAACAGAGUCGCAGCUGGCUGGUGCAUAUGCCUCAUAUAUACGCCAUGCAACGGACGCCCAGUUCUUGCUCGAAGACCCAAAAGGCGAACUUCGAAGUUUAUGGACGAAAGUUCUCAAGCUUCUCGGCGGGAAUUUACGAGAGAUUCGACUGCUCAGUCUCCGGUGCGGUGAACUGUGCCAGGUCGACUAUACCACCUACCUUCGUACGGCAGAUGAAGGAACUUUCUACCAGCUCGGUCCUCACCAUCAUGUUGACCGGAGUGUCGAGUAUGGCUGUCGAUAUGCCGCUGCCAUUGCUGGCGACCAGCUAUUUUUGACAGUCAUUUCCUGUCUAUCAUCUUCUGGCAUUGCCGUACCACGGAUCUCAACCAAGCAUGCAAUGACAGGAGCCGUUGACUGCAUCAAAGUGCCCGGAUGGGAUCUUCUGAACUUCACGGCGCUCGAAAAGCUUGAGUUUGGUCCAGAUAUUCUGCACGAUGAACAUGAAUGGGCUAGCAAGACUGUCCUGCAGACUCUGCCAUGCCCAAAAGUGGAAGAAAUUGAGUCAAGUGCCUCCAAGAUCGUCCAUGAGUUUAUCGCCAGGUCCCGAUUAACAUUAAAGAGCCUUGUUCUCAACGGAACUGGCGUCCUGGACUGGCCUACUCAGCCACCAAUUGCCUCCUUACCAGCCCUUGAGAGUCUUGACCAUUGUUUCGAUGCUGUCAACUCCAUUAUGAUGAGUUCAUGGCUCAAUAACAUGCCAAACCUUCGAUACCUGAAAUUCGGCGACAUACGACUAGCAAGAGGAUUCUUAUUCGUUGAAUGGCGCCAUAUCUUUGAUGCUGAUCACGACCACUCCAAUGCUAAAGGUCCAGGCCCAAAAGGUCUUUCUGUAGAGUUUGAAUCUAUCAAGUCAGCUCAUUGGACCAGGAUGACAUAUAGAGGAGUGAUUUGCCAGGAUAGCAGUAUCGCUACAGAAAUGCAUACUCAUUGCGCAGAUCCCGAGGGCCUUAUGUAUGAAAACCACUCUUUAGAGAAGCAUUUCUAUGGCGAAAUACGAUUCAAGGAUAAUCACGGGUUACGAUACUUAAUGGACGAUUGGGACGUUGGCAUGGUAGAGACUGAUUCAGAAGAGGAUGUAGAAGGAAGUCAUAGUGAGGAUUGGGAUGAUGAUAGUGAGAGUCAGAAUUCUUGA